GGCCCCUUCUCCUAAGCCCUCGAAACCAGCCCUGGCCCCUUCUCCUAAGCCCUGGAAACCUGCUUAAAGGAGGGUGCCGCUGCUCUCCCCCACCCCCGACGGACGCGUCCUCCCAGAGCUUCUGGAGUUCUACGCGGCUCCCGUGGCCACGAGGCCUGAUCCGGCACCUUGAACCAUGCUGCUGCUCCUCACCCUGCCCCUCCUGGCUGGCUCUGCCUGCAGCGCCCAGGAGAUGCAGGGCCCUGGCGGCGGUUCCUACUUCUACAUCCAGGACGGAGGGCAGGGUGAGAUCCAGGGCAUCCGGGUCUUCGUGGGGCUCCUGGGCCUCAUUAAGGGCGUGCAGCUGCGGUUCGGCACCCACUGGAGCGCGCGCUACGGAGCGCCCGGCGGCCACGCGCGCGAGUUCCUGCUGCAGGCGGGCGAGCACGUGACUGCGGUGGACGGCAGCGCGCUCGCCUGCAUUCGACACCUGCGCUGGACAACCAGCAGGGGGCGUGAGGCUACCUUUGGGAGGCCGGCAGGCAGGCGCUUCAGCUCCCGCGCUCCCGCCCCGGGGCAGCAGCUGCUGACCACCAACGGCCAGCACCGGCUCUUGUGCCUUUCGGGAAUCGGCUUCAAGUGGGGAUUCGCCCCGGAGAGGGCGUCCACCCCUGCGUCCACUGUGGCCUUCACCCAGGUGUCCACCUUGUCCACCGUGGCCCCCACCCCGUUGUCCACCCCGGCCCCCACCUCAGCAUCUAUCCCUGCAUCUACUGUGGCCCCCACCUCGGCAUCCACCCUGCUGUCCACUGUGGCCCCCACCUCGGCAUCCACCCUGCUAUCCACUGUGGCUCCCACCUCGGCAUCCACCCUGCAGUCCACCGUGGCCCCCACCUCAGCGUCCACCCUGCAGUCCACCCUGGCCCCUACCUUGGUGUCCACCCUGGCUCCCACCUCGGCAUCCACCCUGUGGUCCACUGCGGCCCCCAACCCAGCCCCCACCUCGGCAUCCACUCUGCCGUCCACCAUGGCCCUCGACCCAGUGCCCACCCCGUCGUCCACCUUGUCCAACCUGUCCCCCACUUCGGCUGCCACCCUGCCACCCAACCUGGCCCCCAACCCUGUGCCAGUCCCAUCUGGUCUUCCACUGAAUUGCCCAUUCCAGUGCCCACCCGGGCACCCACCCAGAGAGCUGCCGACUGGGUCCCUGGGCGCACCCUGAGAACCGACACUCCAGUCGGCCCUCCACCUGGGGCCACUAUGUGCAGCCCGGCCUGCUCCGGCGGAUCUGGGAGCCUGGGCGACCGUGGGCAGGAGGCUGCGAUCCCCACAUUGAAUAAAGCGUC